UUGCUUGCAUCUUUGCAUUCCUCGCUUUCUUCCUCUGUUAUCGUGCUGAGCUUACACAAGCCAUCUUCAAGUUCAGCUCUGAGACUGUAAUUGUCAACAUGGCCGGCAAGAGAAAUGUUGCAUACUUUGUCAACUGGGGAAUAUAUGGCCGGAAAUACUUUCCCCAGCAAAUUCCAGCACAGAAUCUGACACACAUUCUCUAUGCAUUUGCCAACGUUCGACCAGAGUCAGGAGAGGUAUAUCUAUCAGACGCUUGGGCAGACGAGCAGAUUCACUAUGAAGGCGAUUCCUGGAAUGAUGUGGGCACCAAUCUGUAUGGCAACUUCAAGCAGUUGUACCUUCUGAAGAAGAAAUACAGGCACCUAAAGAUCUUAGUCUCGAUCGGAGGAUGGACAUACUCUAAUAACUUCCAUCCAGUCGUGGUAUCUCCACAACUUCGGGCGAACUUUGUACGGUCCGCCGUCAAACUCUUAGAGGACUAUGCAUUGGAUGGGCUGGACUUGGAUUAUGAAUACCCCCAGAAUGAUGCUCAAGCCAGGGGAUACGCCGACUUGCUUCGAGAGCUGCGUUCCGGCCUCGAUCAACAUGCAUACCAGAAGGGUGCUAGCUAUCGGUUCGCAUUGACGAUUGCAGCCCCGUGUGGACCCGAGAAUUACGAGAAGCUACAUGCUCGAGACAUGGACCAAUCUCUUGACUUCUGGAAUCUUAUGGCGUACGACUACGCAGGGUCUUGGGAUUCGAUAGCCAAUCAUCAAGCUAAUGUCUUUGGUGGUCCUGUAUCCACGUCUGCUGCCGUGCAAUGGUAUCAGAGCCAGGGUGUAGCACCUAACAAGCUUGUCAUUGGUCUUCCGUUAUAUGGAAGGAGCUUCUUGAACACCAAUGGGCCUGGCUCGGCAUUCUCUGGUGUAGGUCCUGGAAGCUGGGAAGCGGGAAGCUAUGAUUACCGUGCGUUGCCGCUACCGGGGGCCCACGAGCAAGUAUCUCGAGAGCAAAUCGCCAGCUGGUCCUACGAUCCUAACAAGCGAGAGAUGAUAACAUAUGACAAUGCUGAAGCGGCCUGGCUGAAGGCAGACUGGAUCAACCAGAUGGGCUUGGGAGGCGCAAUGUUUUGGGAACUCAGUGGGGACAAGAACACUGGUGGGCGCGACGGCAUGGAAGGAGGGGAGGGAAAGGCGGAAGUGCCUGGCCAAAGCCUUGUUCAAGUGGUCAAGGAGACAUUUGGCUGGCUUGAUCAGACACCGAACUGGUUGCAGUACGAGGGAGCCAAAUGGGACAAUCUUCGCAAUGGAAUAUAG